AUGUCGGAUUCCCCGCUACUAUCAUCCGGUUCCCGCUCUGAAUUUCCUGCGUUCAACCGACCGUCAUCUGUCGCCAGUGAAGCUUCCGCACCGACCUUGACUCCUCGUACGGCAGCUGUGCCACUCAUUCCCUCUGUCAAGAACGCGUUUGCCGCCUCUACCGCCUCCUCCAUAGGCCAGAGACUCUUUCUUUCUCAUACAGAGGGCCCGAUCGAUGGUCUCGGCUAUAACAAGUUCAUUCUGUAUGAGAACCGUCUUCGCUUCUACAUCGUCGCUUCCAAUACAUCCGACUCGUACCAUCGCAUUGUCAAGGUUGACCGCACAUGUCAGGAAGAGCUAGAGGUUAUUGAGGAUGAAGCCGUAUACUCAGGGAAACAAAUGACAGCUAUGUUAAAAAUGUUGGAUGAUGGCAACAAAACUUCAGGAGGGUUGGGUAAACCUAAGGUCUUCUUUGGAAUAGUCGGAUUCAUUAAGUUCACUGCCGGUUGGUAUAUGAUCCUUAUUACCAAGCGCUCUGUUGUUGCUCUUCUUGGAGGCCAUUAUCUUUAUCAUUGCGAGAACACAGAAAUAGUCCCGAUAUGCUCCUCGCACAGGGUGGAUAGACCUGGAGAAGAGCAGCGUCUGAUGAACAUCUUUAAGCAGGUCGAUAUGUCCAAGAAUUUUUACCUCAGCUACACUUACGACCUGACGUCUACACUACAAAGUAACUUGACUUCUCAAAAUACUUCUGGUUCCUCGUGGUCUUUCAAUAAUAGAUAUGCAUGGAAUUAUCGCAUGUUCAUGGCAGCGUUUUCGGACCAAGACAAAUCUCGUAUGAAGUCUCACUGGGUUCUUCCACUCAUACAUGGGCAUGUUGAUCAAGCAAAGCUGACGGUCCUGGGUCGGGUCAUAUACGUCACGUUGAUCGCUCGGAGAUCGCGGCAUUAUGCUGGUGCUCGAUAUUUGAGGCGUGGUGUGAACGACGAGGGAAAUGUGGCAAAUGAGGUAGAGACAGAGCAGAUCGUGUCUGAGGCUCUGACGACUCCUUUUUACUACCCAGCGCAAAGAGGUAGCAGCCAAGAUCAGGCCCAGCGUCGACUCAACCCACAUUAUACAAGCUAUGUACAGUAUCGUGGAAGUAUACCAAUAUAUUGGGCGCAAGAGCAGAAUAAUAUGAGCCCAAAGCCUCCGAUUGAAAUUAGCGUCGUAGACCCCUUCUACACUGCCGCCUCCCGACAUUUCGACAAUCUGUUCGCGAGAUAUGGCACCCCAGUCAUGAUCUUGAAUCUGAUCAAGAAGCGGGAGCCUCAGCCUCGCGAAUCAAAAUUGUUGGACGAGUAUACACGCUGCGUAGACUAUCUCAACCAGUUCUUACCACCGGGUAAAAAGAUGGAAUAUCGAGCUUGGGAUAUGUCUCGUGCAUACAAAGAGAAAACCCAAGAUGUUAUCAGUUACUUAGAAGAUUUAGCUGAAGAAUCAAUACAGAUGACAGGCUUCUUUCACUCGGGACCAGAGCCAUAUUCUCACUACCUUCGGGACCAAGAAAGGUGGGUAUGGCGAAACAGUAUGCUAUUGCAAAAUGGUAUUUGUCGGACGAACUGCGUAGAUUGUCUUGAUCGCACGAACGCUGCACAAUUUGUUUUUGGAAAGCGCGCGCUAGGUCAUCAGCUAUAUGCUCUCGGUGUUGUUGACAGCCCGGACUUGGCCUUCGACUCAGACUCAGUCAACAUGUUGACCGAAAUGUAUCAUGAUCAUGGCGAUAUCCUGGCAUUGCAGUAUACAGGCAGUGCUCUGGUUAAUCGAGUGGAAACUUAUCGUCGGCUACCACAUUGGAACAGUCAUUCGCGCGACAUCAUCGAGAACUUUCGGCGAUAUUAUACCAACUCCCUUUUGGAUGCGGACAAACAAGCCGCUAUCGACCUUUUUCUCGGCAUCCGCAAUGACAUGGCCAUGGUCAAGCGGCCGAGACGAGGCGGAUACCAGGAAUGGUACCAUAAGGAACAUUUGCAGUCUGCACUUGUCCUUGGAACCUGCCAGGAGGGCAUCGAUCAGUUCGUCAGGCGAUCAGGGGACUUCUGGAUUGAAUAUUACCGUCCGCUUUUGUUCACGUCUCUGGGGAAGCAUUUCGCGUAUUCCAUGAACAGUACUCUGAAGUUACCUGGGAAGACGGUCCGCGAUAUUAAUCAAAGUCCUUUUCAUCCACACCACAAUCCCAUCAUCCAUCCUCCAUGGAUCUUCCACGGCGUCCGUCGAUUGAUCCGUUCCAACUCUCCGUCAGGCUUCCGUGGCUCAUACAAGUCAGCAAUGUUGCGAGCCAGCACCAGCAGCAAACAGAGCGACGCAGAGCCUGACCCACAUUCCACGGCCACCGUUGCGCAGCAAUUGCUCCAUCCUCAUGUCUCGAGGAAAGAGGAAGAUGAAUAUCAACGAUACAUCGACCAAUGUCAGGACAUGAUGAGCGAUGACCUCGACUCCGGCCCAAGUGAGAAGGAUCAGAUCAAAUACGAACUGGUUGUUCAGUUAGCUUUGGGACAAGUCCCAGACACAGAUGACAAGCUGGACGAUCCAUCAAUGGCGUUUAUUCAGAGAGCUUUUGUGGAUUCUGCAGAUGCGGAUGCAUUGCCGAUCACUUUCAAUUACGAGAAAUGGAUUGGCGGUGGUCACGUUGCUAAGCACACCAGUGCAGUGACAAGGGACUCUACGCUGAUGCGAGGCUGA